AUGAUGAAAUGCUGUGAGAAUUCAGCACGGACGAGGGGGAAUUAUGCACCGGAGAGGGUGGGGGAGGUGUCUGUGUUGGGUUAUAAGUGUGCGGCAUGCCAAGGAACACAAGAAGCUAUCACACAUAAAGCUCUCCUUGGCACGCUGGCCGCUUUCCACCUUUGCGCUUCAUGGGUGGAACGUCAUUCCUCACAGCUCUCUUCUUCUGGAAAAAGCCAACACAAUCCAUUCUGCUGUGGAAACUUCCGUGUGGAGAUGGACACCACGCCACUUCCAAUUCUGAUGAAGGUGAAGAGCACCUUCUUUGUGCUGGAGCUUCUGCCGGACAUUGAGGAAUUUCAGAUGGAUUAUAUGCUGCUGGCCAUGGAGGCUGUCGCAGCGAGGAGCUUAGAGGAGCUUAGAGCCCGCUUCUCGAAGUACUGCCCGCAGGCCCAGCCCCGAACCACCCCUCCGCGGGCAUCCGCGGACAUUCCCUCCGCUCCCCACCUACCUGGCUUACUCCCCAAAGGGGAGGGAAGCGGAGUCAGGUGCGACCCAGCAGGGGGAGUGGGUGAGCUGGCCCGAGGGCAGCCCGAAUGUGUCCUUGAGUGUGGGUGUGGGUGUGGGGCGAUUUGGGUGGAACAGCGUGGAGGCUACCACGCCGGAGUCCCGCGCCUCGCCGGUGGGGUGUGUGCAGAAAGAGCCAGGAUAAAUAGGAGGCUCCCUCCUCCCUGCCAUACUCCCGGAGCCGGCCGCCCGCCCGCCCCGGGUGUUUGGCUGCCCAGAGGCCCGGGUGCCAGCCUGAGAAGUAGUUUCGUUUCCGGACGGCCCGAGAGAGUAGUUUCCAGGCCCGCCCUCGGGCGCCAGUGGCCCGGGAAGGGGCGCAGGAGGAGGCGGGAGACUCGUCCAGGGGCUGUCCGGCCCCGCAGCGUGGGGUUGAUGGACGGGGCCGCCCCGGGCAGCGGCGUCAGCUCCCUGCCACUGCUCCUGGCCCUCGCCCUGGGUCUAGUGAUCCUCCACGGUGUUGUGGCAGAUGGGAAUUCAACCAGAAGUCCCGAAAAGGAUGGCCUUCUCUGUGGAGAUCCUGGGGAAAACUGCGCAGCUACCACCACGCAGUCGAAGCGGAGAGGCCACUUCUCGCGCUGCCCCAAGCAGUACAAGCACUACUGCAUCAAAGGGCGAUGUCGCUUCGUGGUGGCCGAGCAGACGCCGUCCUGCGUCUGUGAUGAAGGCUACACUGGGGCGAGAUGUGAGAGAGUUGACUUGUUUUACCUCAGAGGAGAUAGAGGGCAGAUUCUGGUGAUUUGUUUGAUAGCUGUUAUGGUCAUUUUUAUCAUAUUGGUGGUCGGUGUCUGCACGUGCUGUCAUCCUCUUCAGAAGCGUCGUAAAAGAAGGAAGAAGGAAGAAGAAAUGGAAACUCUGGGUAAAGAUAUAACUCCAAUAAAUGAAGAUAUUCAAGAGACUAGUAUUGCUUAAUAGCUGCGAAGUUACCUCCAGGCUCGUGGCAAGCUGCAAAAUGCCUUGCUCAUUUGAAAAUGGACAGAAUGUGUCUCAGGAAAAUAGCCAGGAGAAAUGAAUUUUAAAUGAUGUAUUUACUUUUUGUUUGUAAUGUUAGUCUGUGUUUUCUACUAUUUUAAUAAUAAUAAGUAAUUGUAUUAUUGUUCGGUAAUUGGGAAAAGGCACUCAAGAAAUUGUAAUAAUUUCCACUUAAAGUUUUGUUACCUGGAUUACUAGUCAAACAAAAAAGGAAAGUGAAAAGGAGUUUAGAUUUUAGGAGCUGAAUUAAUAAUGAAGUUACCAUUUAUCCAGCACUUACCAUGGACCAAGAGUUUAAAGUUUAACUCUACAGUUACCCCUUGGUAGAGCUGGAAUUGGAACCAAGAUUUCCCCAAUUUCAGUUUGUGUUCUUAACUAUCAUUUUUGUUGAUCAGAGUGGGUGCAACCCAACUCACUAAUAUAACCCAAGACUUUAUACUGAACUGUGUUUUGCCAUGACUCUGAGAUGCUGGGGCUAUUUUCCUGCAGAAACUCAGAUUGGCGAGUCCUGGAUAUAUGUUACUCUUAUCAUCAUGUUUUCUGCAGCAUUGACUUCCGUUAUGUUUCCUUGCUCCUUUAUAAAUUCUCCAUGGCAUGAAUAAAUUCUUACAUUAGUGAAGCAAACAGAUUUGCCCCAUAGCUAGGGUAAUGAAUAAAGAUGGGAGGUAAAUGCCCGAGAGUCUUUACGGUGCACUAAGUGUUCACGCGCUCAUUAAGGGAUAAAUGAUAGCGCUGGAAGAAGAGGCUGUUUAUUCCAGGGCAAAGGUCAGUGAGACGACAGCAGAGCCCAGGGGCACACUGUUUGUGGCCAUAUCCUCAUUUUUGUUCUUCUGAAAAACAUUACCUGUGAUUGCUCUCAAGUGGAUGUUGAUGCAAUGAAAUCAUGACCAUAAGCCUCUAUUACUUGGGAUCAUCUUGCCAAGUGUUCCUUUGACUCCAUCACAUAUUCCAUAAAGACUCUUUUAAAACUGAAAAAGCUAAACCUACAUUUAGCCAAUAUUCCACAGAAUAUGAAACUUUCUACAUUGACUAGGUGGGUAAUUUACGAAAACGAAUGGAAGAUGUCCCCAGAUUGCUGCACUUUGACUGUUGUGAUGUUAGCCAAGUGGCUUUUAUUCCAGAAUCCUAGCAGAUUUUACUUUGCAGUGUAGACUUCAUGCACAAAGUUAAGUGGAGAAUUCAGACCAAAGAUGAAGUUGGAUGUCACCUUCUAUCACACAUCGUGUUUUGAGUGAGAAUGAAGCUGUCUUCACAGAAAUAGCUCAUUAAAUAUAUUAAGAGCUAAGCCAAACAGCUAAUCAUCUUCUAAAUCUAUUUUUCCUUCUGACUUAAUAGCCGUCCUUGAAACAGUAUUAUAUCCAACAGAUUCCUGCUGCAUAUGCUUUAUUUUCAAAUGUCUUCUUCUGGGCUCAUUUAUGCCCUUGCUUUUUCUUUAAUACCAAAGUGCUUGAAACAAAAACUUGUUACAGCAUUUAAAAACAAAACAAAAUGCUGUAAAUGUUUCUUCUUCCCUGAACUGAUGUUGGUUGACCAAUGGAAUCUCUCAAGCCAAGUCAGGCUUGGGAAUUUUGUUUUGAUCCAAAAAUGUAAAUGGUGUCUCUUAAAAUUUGGGAGGUCUGAUAUCA